UUUUUUUUUGUAGUUGCUUUAGAGACUGGUAACAGUCUCAGGCAGUGUUUGGAUGACUUUUGCCCCUUGCGGCUGGGUUUGGAGCACCAGUAUGGUUUCAGGAACCAAGUUUUUAACCUGAUCCUUUUUGAGGGGGUUGGCUCCCACAGAUGUUUGUGAUAAGAGGAACCACCCAUAACAGAGCAAAAUCGGAGCAGCUGGUAGCUUUGAACCAUAUUGGUCGCCAAGGCUGUGGGCUGCUGGCUCAAGAAUAGGAGGAGGUACACAAGAAAUGGCAGCUCAGGCCCUCACCCACCCUGCUUCCCUUUAGGGGAGAAGUUUAGCUGAUGGGUAACUUUUGUUUACUGACGAUUCCGAAGGCACAGCUUUGAUGACUCAAGACCAGAAUGUCUUUAAACAUUAAGCAAGGAGUUAUGUUGUCUAGCUGUGGUCUCAUGGUGGAAGCCACUUGUAGACAUCCAGAGUUAGGAGCCACAUUCACUUCAAGCAGCCCUAGGCAGCAGGUAGGGGGUCAUUAACUGGUGCCUGUGAUUACAGAGGCAACUUGUGAGCACGGAUGAGUCCAUUAUGACCACGGCAACAUCUGCUCACGUCAUGACUGCUAUGUUCUUGUCUGAGUCAAAAGAUUAACAGUAUUUUGUUUGUGAUCUCAAUGCCAGUUUCAAGAAAGUAAGAACUCUUGAUUGGUAUAAGAGCCUCUAUUUGAACAAUUAAAUAAAUCAAUAGGGUGGGAAUUGGAAUGUUUCCGUGGGUCUACCUAUGGAAAUAUUGUUUACCUUCCUGUUUGUUGAUACAUCACUAAAAAUGGCUGAAAUAUCUAUAGUAGCCCCAUAAUAAGAGCCAUUGCCUCAGAGAAGACAGGCCCCAUGGCUUUGAGAAGAGGAGGAUGGCAGAAGCUGUACUCAGUUGGGCAAGAGCAGUUUCAUCCCUUUCCUCUAACAUUGGAGCCAGUCAGCCUGUUGGUGUCAGUAACUUCCAGUAGUCCUUCCUGUUCACUUGGGUGUCUGUGGCAUUUGAAAGACACCAAGGGCCUGUUUCUCAUUAGGCCGGAUGCUAUUUGGAGGAUGUGUACAUCAGUGUGGUUCUAACAAAAGACUUAAGGGGAAUCUGUGGUUUGGUUAUAGUAUUGUGGCCCUGUGGCUAGUUCUGAGGCCCAAGGACUGAUCUGGCCAACCACCUUAGGAUUCUCGAGUACUGUACCUUAGGCCAGUCCCAGGAAACUGAGUUAGGGGAAGUCCUUAGCAUACAAAAGAAAAGCUUGGACCAAAACAAGCAUUCCAAGAAAACCAUUAGCAUGCAGGAAGCAAGGCCAAGAGAAGAAUCCCUAUGUGAAGUCCAGGAUAGGGCUGGUCAGCUAAACCGGAAGCGGUGGUUUAAAAUGGAGCUAGAAGGAAUUUCCUGAAGUUGAACCUGCAGAUGCUUUUUCCAGGGCGUCUGUAGACUUGGUCAGGAGCAAGAAGGGGACACUUAGAAGCCUUAGCCAAAGUUAGCGGCCCAGAAUGCCUGUUAUCCCCCUUUCCCAGCUCCUUUAAGAGUAGUGAUUCUUAAUUCAUUUACAUGAAGGAAGAUUAGCCCCCAACAUUGCAUCUGAAAAAAGAAAGAUAAGAAGAGGUCAAAUGACUUCCCCAGGACAGAUAGAGUGCCUAAAAAUAGUUGAAUAAGCUAAAUAUACCUUGGGUCUUGCCCAACCGUGGCAUGAUCUUUGUUGCAUUAUUUGUUGCAUAAUACAUAAUGGAAAGUUCACAUAACUAGUCUGAUUCCAAAAUCUAAAUAGGGUCCAAAUUGACAAAACUAGGCUACCGCUGAUAAGAGAGAAGAAAAUGUCUUGCUCAUUGCUCCAGUUCCAGCUUCAGAGCCAUCCUGGGUCUUCCUUGUCCCUCUCAUUUACAGCACGGCCCCACCCCCUGCCCUUCUGCACCCAGGCUGGCACUGCUGUUGUCAUGCUCCUCACCAAGAAGUGUGGCAGAACCCAGGCCCACCAGCACCUCCCCUCCCCAGGUUGCCUGGUUGAUAGUGUCAGAUGCACACUUUCGGGAAUGAAGAGAGAAGAGCCUUGGGAGGUGUAUUAAUGCUAGGGCUGCCAUAACAAAAUACCACGGACUGAGUGGCUUAAGCAACAGAAAUGUACUUUCUCACAGUUCUGGAGCCUGGAAGCUCCAGAUCAAGCCAUUGGCAGGUUUGGCUUCUCCUGAGGCCUUUCUCGUUGGCCCUCAGACAGCUGCCUUCUUGCUGUGUCCUCACGGGCCUUUCCUCUGUGCCCAUGCAUCCCUCGUAUCUCUUGUGUGUGUCCAGAAUCCCCCUUAUAAACUCACCAGUCUUUGGAUUCAGGCGCACUCUCAUAGCCUCAUUUAAUCUUCAUUACCUCUUUAAAGGCCGUAUUCAAAUGAAGUCACAUUCUGAGGUAUGGGGGUUAGGGCUUCAACACUGGAAUGCGGUGGGGUGGAAUGCACAAUUCAGCCCCUGGCAGGAGGUUUGGGUUAGUGGGGUUGUUUGUGAGGGUGGAGGGUAGUGGUGCUUUUCAUUGUCCAGGAUGGGGUGAAGGAGGCUGUGGGUAAGUCUUCCUCGGGAACCAAACUGUGGUUCACACUUCUUCCUGUCCAUAUGAAACCCAGAGAUACUGAAGCCACUGGCCAGAGGAAGGUGUAGGGAGCAUGAGCCGGACAGGGCAUGACCUUGGUGGAGGGAGCAGAGUAUCCAAACCCCAGAGGCAGGGCCUAGCCACUGAAGGGCAGCACAGGGAGGCCCGAAUACAGGUAGGAGGUGGGGAAGGAGGAGGGACAAGAGGAUGGGCCUAUCCCUAUCAAGGUCAGGAAGCCCAUCCAUCAAGGGCCUCACAAGCUGGGUUAAGAGAUUUGUACACAUGUCUGACAGCAGUCACCUGAGCUCUCAGGACACCAGAGGUCUGUUUAUAAAUAGAAGUUAGGUAGGCAGUGUGGAGUAGACAUACUUCAUCCAUCCCUGAAUUAUAUUAUUCUAUUCAUUCUUGGAAUAAUAGCUCACAGCAUUUUUACAAUAAUUACAACAUAAUGUUCACAAUUUGUAUAUGGUGUUUUAAGUGCAUUAUUUUAGUGAACAUAAAUAUAAUUUAUGCUCAACAAAGGAAAAUUGAAAAAUCAGAGAAAUAGAAUUUUAAAAAAAUGUGCUCAUGUUGCUACCAUUGAAAGAUUAGUAGUAUUUACAUCUUGGUACAUUUCUAUGCCUCAAAGUUUAGUUUGAUUUGUGGAGCAAGGAUCUAUGUGUUUUGUUUUGUCUAAUUCAUUCAUUUAUUCAGCAGUAAUUUAUUGAGGGCUUUCCAUGUGCCAGAACUGUGCUAGAGGAAACAGCAAUGGAGUUUACAGACAAGUGGAAAGAACAGAGAUUCAACAAAAAAUUACCAUUGUGGCAAAUGGCCCCGGAAGCCACAGAAGUAUAGCAUGAGACUCUGCAGUGAGGGCUGAGAAUCAUGAGUGGAGUACAGCCUGGUACCUUGUAUGUUCAUUUGUUCUCAUCAAAGCACUUACCAGGCCUCAAUUGCUCUUUCUUACUUGUUUGUAAGAUUAUUGGGGUAUAUGUUAUCUAUUUCUCCCACUGAGCCUGAGUUCCUUUAAGGCCAGAGCUCCGCCCACUGCCCCUUUUCACACCUGUAUCCCCAGCUCUUGGUUCAGGCUUGCCUCUUCAAAGUGCUACCAAAAAAUACCUUUUACCUGGCUGGCAGUUUGUUAGCACAUAGAAGUUACCUGCUGCUUUCUCAAGGCUGUGUUUUGUGGCUGUGUCAUAUCCUAUCAGAGAUUCACUUCUUAGUUCAUAACUGGCUGGAUUUACCCCUUUGACACGUCAGUCAGGAGAGGUCUCAGAGCAUAUAAUUCUGGAGAUCUAUAGUUUUUCCCCACAUAGGUGGGGCCUGUAUUCUUUGGAGCAGGAGUAGGUGCAUCAGUUGAGUUCUCAAUUAUUGAUGCAGUUGUUCCAGAGACUGCCCAGAUUCUCAUGCCUGUCAUCGUCACCUCCUGGAUAUUUUCUCAGCCCCACAGCCUCAAGUAUAGACGUGUGGCUCCUCCUGUGAUCAGCCGCCCACCUCACUGAAAAAAAAAAAAGACUUGGCUUCCCCCAGAUUCAAAAGCAACUCCUCAGAGCCCUCGAGGCCCUGUUCUCUGGGGUACAUGGACUAGGAUAAUGGCUGUUUUGUAUGUGUUCUGGGAGAGCAACCAGGGAACCUGCUAGUGUUGGUGGAAGGGAGGGUACGAAGAGAAGGUUCAAGAAGCGAUGACAAAGCCUCAAGUUCUCAUUCCCUUUAAGAGAGAAGAUGACAAGAAGGAGUGUUUGGGAAAGAUGACCCAGGCAUGCAGUGGCUUAACAUUUUAAUCAUAGGUCCAAGGGGUUGGGUCACCUAAUGAGUCUUUGUUCACAUGUGCUGAAAUACCUGCCUCUGAGCUGGCCUCUGGCAAACUCCAGAGCACUCUCCUAGCCACCCUCUCGAAGCUCUGGGGAGGGCAGGCUGCCUGCCCACUGAUUAUUCCAGCGCUGGGCCAGCAGGACCUCCGGGCCUUCGAAGCUGCAGGUACCAGCCAAGUGCCUCCCUUUCUGUAGGUGGUAACUAGAUAUAGAUGCCACUGGGUGUGCUCAACCAGGCCUAGGCAAUGGACUCUUCCAGAAAGGCUUUUCUGCCUUUUUAUCUGUCCUUGUACUUAACAUUCUUUCUUGGUCAGGGGAGAAUUUACAACUGGUAUGCUCCUCCUUAUUUGGGACUGGGGGAGGGAUACAACUGUAAGGUGCCCUCUCUGGGUUAGCCCUUAGCUAUUGUGUUGGGAGCAAAAUUUUGAAGGCGGAGAAAGGUUGACUUCCAGGCCUGCAAAUGAUUCUUCUUUCCUUGUGUGGCUACUCAGAUGCUAUUAUUGUUGCUGUCUGAGCCAGUUUCUGGGCAAUAUUAUGAGUAUCAGUCACUUGUACUGUAGUGCAAAUAAGUUUAUAUCAGUCAGUUAGCAUCUUUGUGUCUUAAUUUGACUAUACUGCAGUUGCUAUUGUUUAAGGCAUUUAGGGCAUCUGGGCAGAUAUUAAAAAAACUUGGAGGCCAGAGAACACCCUUUACCUCUAAAAUGAUACCUAGGUCCUGACUAAGAACUCAUACAUUAGUACCAAGUGAAAAAUAAGAAUUUUUUAAAAUGCGGUGAAUCCCUUUUCCUCUUUUUUAGAAAAUUUGAUGUUUUCAGACAUUUUGGAUAGACUUAAACAUAAUUUUGAGUUGUUGGCAAGGAAAUCCAGUGCUUCCAAAGAUUGUAUAAAACGCAUUUCUCUGCUGUUUAGAAGAGCCUGUCAGAGACAGUGAUGAAGGGUUUUACAUGUUGUGCAACAAAGACUGUGGGUUUAUGAGGUGAUUGGCAUGCUGCAGGGGACCCUGUGAGGUGCGUGAGUCCCAGAGUCCUUACCCCGGUGCUGAAGCAGCCAUGGUAGUGUGUUCAGAGCUUUGAGUGUCUCCAGAGUUAGGAGAGCUAUUUGCCAAUGGGUUGUAGAUGUCAGGAUCAGGCUGGUUCAGGCCAGGAGUCUGUUAUCCCUCAAUGAAAGGGCAAGCUUACCUAGAGACACAAGAAAAUUGAUCAUGUUUGGAGAGAGAUCAUGCCCAUUAUUUGCCUUUUGUUGGUUACUAAUGACCUCAGACCAAGACGGAGGAGCAAGGGAGGCAAGCUGCUGAGUCCAUGAAAAUAGCAUCCCCAUGGUGACUAUGUUCUCUAUGGAAGCUCUGACUUACUUCCUGAAUCCCUGUGAGGUGGUGACCCAGAGUCAGAGUGGGGAAGCCAACCACGCCCCACAGGCCUGGCAGGCAGUUUCUUAGGGCUCAUGACCCUGGUAGUGACACAGGCUCUUUGGAAAGUCAGCUUGUGUAUUCAGUGGCUGGGAACAGCUCACCCCAUGACCUGGGAACUUGACACCAGUGGAGAGCAUACUUGGAAGGUCAGACUGACAAGGCCACCUGCUUUGGGCAGACACAGGGGCAGUAUCACGAAAGCACCAAGCAGUCUUAAAGGAGCAUAUUGCUAUCUGUGUUCAGGCUUAUGAUGCCAAGAUACUGGUUUGGGUUUGCAGGCAUUGUUUCCCUCGUGCCAGACUCCAAUUAGGUCUAGUUUCCAGAAAUUCCAGCUGGUUGUGUGGUUCCUCCCUUGUUCUGGCCGCAGCCUGGAAGAGCUACUCAGGAUCUGUUGUUGCUGUCGCCUCCUUCCCAACCUCCGCCCUCUCUACAGACAUGGUCAGAAGUGUACACACAGACCCAGUGGGCUGUAUCCGAAGACUCACAGGGCCUCACUCCAGUCAUCUUCCUCCAGGAUUAUUUCUCUCAGAAACUGCAAGCUCCUCUGUGUUGGCGGCAGUCAAAUACGAGGAAUGCAGCUAGAGAAACAGCCUUUACUCUUGUGUGCCUCCACCCUGGCAUCCUUUCCUUCUUGGCUCUUUCCAGUGACCUCCUGUUCAUUUUUUAGGCCUGGCCAUCACAGAGUGCCCACCACUUCUCCCUUCCUCAGGGAGAAUUAAAUUUUCCCUUCCUCAGAUCCCAUUGGAUUUUUUUUUACAAAUUCAUCACAAUGCUGCUUUUUUAUGAGAUAUAAUUUACAGUUAUAUGAGUUGUGACAAGUAUAUGUUUGUCAAAUACGUGUAGUCAUGUAACCAUCACCGUAAUCAAGGCAGCAAACAGAAUUGCCCCCCAAAUUUCCCUGUGCUACUUUGUAGUCAGACCCUCCCUUCUCCCCUAGGCUCUGGCGGCCACUGAUGUGAUUUCUCUCCUAAUGAUUUGCCUUUGCCAGAAUCGUAUGUAAAUGGGAUUGCGCAGUUGUCAUGGUUUGAGAGGCUUCUUUGACUCAGCACAGGGCAUUUCAGAUUCCUCCAUGUUGUUUUGUAUACCCAUAGUUCAUAUCUUCUCAGAGCUGAGUACCCAUGACUUUUUAUCCAUAUCUCUAUGGGGGCCUCUUCCACUGUAUCUGGAUAUGUGAUAUUUUUCCAUCUGUCUCCUUAAUGGGUAGCCAGGUUCCUCCAUGACUGGAAUGUUUCUUGUUGCCUCUGUAUCCCUAGCCUGCACGUAGUAGGCACUUGAUGGAAUGUGCUGGGCAGCUGUGUGUUGAUAGUGGAGGUCCUUAUCCUCUCUGGCUCUCUCUAGGGUCCCAGCUGGUCCCUGCUCAGGCCCUAUGUUCAGCAGGCGACCUGGAGAGACACCCAGGGAUAGGCAGGCAGGCUUCUCGUAAAGCACUCCUACCCUCAGUUUGGUGUCCCUGAUAGGUGGGUGCCAACAUUUGUUGGGAGGUUCAGGGGGUUGUCUGUGGAUCCCCUGAAGCUCUUCUUUGUGGCACUCAUGAAUUCCUGGGACUGCGGUACAGGCAUGUGGCUGACUGUUUCCUUCCUCUGAAGCCAGAGAAGCCCUCUUUGGGCCUUGUUUGCACUGAGUCACAGCUAUGCUGGCUAGUUAGUUAAAAAUAGGCUCUCGUUAUCUCCGCCCUGUGAUAGGCCCUUCUCUCCUCGGGCAGAGGCAGGAAUCCUUAUGUAAAUAUUUGGAGGAGCUUGUGCCUGGGUUGAUUUCCAUGCCAGGAUCUGUUUGCCUGGACUCCUGGAGCUGUGAGGGCAAGGUGGCAGUGGGAGAGUGAGAGGUGGCAUAUGUUAGAACACUCAGGGUGUUCACAUUACUUGGAAGACGGCUGGACUUCAUGGUGGUGCCUUGAGCCGGUGGAAGUGGUUGGUCAUUUGCUGUAGUGACAAUGGCUUAGUCUUAAAAAGUCCGUAGGACUUACUGGAAAAACUGUCAGAUUUGAAAUCAGAUUGACCACAAUUCAAACCUGUGAUUCCUCGUCUUACUCACCUGUGGCCUUAAAGAAGUUACAUGACUCCUCUGAGCAUCAGUUUCUCCUUUGUAAACAGGGCUGAUGUUAUCUACUCCACCAGAGUGACUGUGAGAAUUAAAAGCGGUCAUAUGUGUAAAGCAUGUAACAGCCCCGCACACAGUAGACUCUCAUUUAGUACUGACUGCUGCCACGGCCAUCUCUAGUCUUGCUGUCUACUUCGCCAGCAAACACUACAACUUUGCACUGGAUAACUAAGGGAAGAAUUAGCGGUUCUGAAAGGACAUAGAAAUGUCCAGAUGUCUUUCCAGACCUCUUUCCGAUGUGCUCACAUCUCUUUAACUUCUGUUGGCUUUCAGCCCUACAGUUAAAUAACUUCAACAGCUGCCCAAGUAGGGCUGAUAACUCGGGACUCAUUAGCUGGGAGAGGACUGUAACUGAGCUUAAAAAUAGAGCUACGUCCUUUGCCUGGUACGGGGGCUGUGCAAGCCUCUGGAGAAAAGGCCAGGCAGCAUCUGCGUACCUAGGCUGAGCUGGACUCUGGGGAGCUGGCAGCUGCAAACCUCCCAGGACCCUGCCAGGCAAGCCUGACUUUCCUUGGUCCAGAAGCCCUGAGGGUGCCACCAUGGAGUCUAACCACUGCUGAGCAGACAGCCACAGGAGGGCCGAAGUUCUGAACCUUCCUCUGGACCCAGGCAGGAGACACACAGCCAAGAAAGGCAAACUCACCAUGGCUUCCACCAAUGCAGAGAGCCAGCUCCAGAGAAUCAUCCGAGACUUGCAAGAUGCUGUGACAGAACUAAGCAAAGAAUUUCAGGAAGCAGGGGAACCCAUCACGGAUGAUAGCACGAGCUUGCAUAAAUUUUCUUAUAAACUUGAGUAUCUUCUGCAAUUUGAUCAGAAAGAGAAGGCCACCCUCCUGGGCAACAAAAAGGACUACUGGGAUUACUUCUGUGCCUGCCUGGCCAAGGUGAAAGGAGCCAAUGAUGGGAUCCGAUUUGUCAAGUCUAUCUCUGAGCUCCGAACAUCCCUGGGGAAAGGAAGAGCAUUUAUUCGCUACUCCUUGGUGCACCAGAGGUUGGCAGACACCUUACAGCAGUGCUUCAUGAACGCCAAAGUGACCAGUGACUGGUACUAUGCAAGAAGCCCCUUUCUGCAGCCAAAGCUGAGCUCGGACAUUGUGGGUCAACUCUAUGAACUGACUGAGGUUCAAUUUGACCUGGCAUCGAGGGGCUAUGACUUGGAUGCUGCCUGGCCAACAUUUGCCAGGAGGACGCUGGCCACUGGCUCUUCUGCUUACCUAUGGAAACCCCCUAGCCGCAGCUCCAGCAUGAGCAGUUUGAUGAGCACCUACCUGCAGACUCAAGAGAUGGCAUCCAAUUUUGACCUUAACAGUCCCCUAAACAAUGAGGCAUUGGAGGGCUUUGAUGAAAUGCGGCUAGAGCUGGACCAGUUGGAGGUGCGGGAAAAGCAGCUGCAGGAGCGCAUGCAGCAGCUGGACAGAGAGAACCAGGAGCUGAGGGCAGCUGUCAGCCUGCAAGGGGAGCAACUGCAGACAGAGAGGGAGAGAGGGCGCACUGCAGCAGAGGACAACGUUCGCCUCACUUGCUUGGUGGCUGAGCUCCAGAAGCAGAGGGAGGUAACCCAGGCCACCCAGAACACUGUGAAGGAGCUACAGACGUGCCUGCAGGCCCUGGAGCUAGGAGCAGCAGAAAAGGAGGACUACCACACAGCCCUGCGGCAGCUGGAGUCCCUGCUGCAGCCCUUGGCACAGGAGCUUGAGGCCACACGGGAUUCACUGGGCAAGAGGAACCAGCAUUUAGCCAGCAUCCCAGACUGGCUGGCUAUGGCUCAGCAGAAGGCUGAUGCGGCACCAGACACAAAGGGCCAGCAAGAACCCAUUCCCAGUGAUGCGGCUCGGGAGAUCCAGGAGCUACAGGAGAAGCUUCGAGCCCUGGAAAGGGAGAGAACCAAGGUUGAAGAGGUCAACAGGCAGCAGAGUGCCCAGCUGGAGCAGCUGGCCAAGGAGCUGCAGCUGAAAGAGGACGCCCAGGCCAACCUGGAGCGCCUGGUGAAGGAGGUGGCCCCACUCCAGGAGGAGUUGUCUGGGAAGGGACAGGAGGCAGACCAGCUCUGGCGACGGCUGCAGGAGUUGCUGGCCCACUCAAGCGCCCGGGAGGAGGAGCUGGCAGAGUUGCGACGGGAGGAGAAACAGCGACAGGAGGAGAAGGAGCUGCUGGAGCAGGAGGUAACAUCUCUGACCCGGCAGCUGCAGUUCCUGGAGACCCAGCUGGCACAGGUGAACCAACAUGUGAGUGACCUGGAGGAACAGAAGAAGCAGCUCAUCCAGGACAAAGACCGCCUGAGCCAGAAGGUGGGUGUGCUGGAGCAGCUUGCUGGGCAGCCCGGCCCAGAACUGCCAGUGGCAGAUGAGAAGAAUGAGACCCUGGUCCCUGUGAACUCCCCUCUGCAAGUGGCCUGUGGGAAGCCGGAGGAGGAGCAGAGGAGCCUGCAGGGGGCACAGUUAGACGAUACCAAGGUGCAGGAGGGCAGCCAGGAGGCAGAGCUCCAGCAGGCCAACAGGGAGCUAGAGAAGGAGCUACAGAAUGUGGUUGGGCGUAACCAGCUCCUGGAGGGCAAGCUGCAGGCCCUGCAGGCCGAUUACCAGGCUUUGCAGCAGCGGGAAGCAGCCAUCCAGGGCUCCUUGGCCUCCCUGGAGGCGGAGCAGGCCAGCAUCCGGCACUUGGGCGAGCAGAUGGAGGCAAGCUUGCUGGCUGUAAGGAAGGCCAAGAAGGCCAUGAAAGCCCAGGUGGCAGAGAAGGAGGCCGCUCUGCAGAGCAAGGAGGGUGAGUGCCAGCAGCUGCGGGAGGAGGUGGAGCAGUGCCGGCAACUGGCAGAGGCCCGGCACAGAGAGUUUAGGGCUCUCGAGAGCCAGUGCCACCAGCAGACCCAGCUGAUCGAGGUCCUCACAGCAGAGAAAGGCCAGCAGGGAGUUAGCCCACUCCCCGACAGUGAAGCCCGUGAGCUGGCUGCGCAGCUGGCUGUGUCUCAGGCGCAGCUGGAAGUCCAUCAGGGAGAGGCCCAGCGGCUGCAGGCUCAGGUGGUGGACCUGCAGGCUAAGAUGCGGGCAGCUCUGGAUGACCGGGACAAGGUGCAGAGCCAGCUGAGCAUGGCUGAGGCAGUCCUGAGCGAGCACAAGACACUUGUGCAGCAGCUAAAGGAACAGAAUGAAGCCCUCAACAGGGCCCAUGUCCAGGAGCUGCUGCAGUGCUCAGAGCGUGAAGGGAUGCUGCAGGAGGAGAGGGCCGGUGAGGCCCAGCAGAGGGAGGAGGAGCUGCGGGCCCUGCAGGAGGAGCUGUCCCAGGCCAAAUGCAGCUCUGAGGAAGCACAGCUGGAGCACUCUGAGCUCCAGGAGCAGCUGCACCAGGCCAACACGGACACAGCCGAGCUAGGCAUCCAGGUUUGUGCAUUGACCAUGGAAAAGGAACAGGUGGAGGAGGCACUGGCCCGUGCUGUCCAGGAGCUCUGGGACUCCAAAGAGGCAGCCUCAAGGGAGCGAGAGAGCCUGGAGUGCCAAGUAGCUGGGCUGCAGCAAGAGAAGGAGAGCUUGCAGGAGAAGCUGAAGGCGGCCAAGACAGCAGCCAGCUCACUGCCUGGCCUGCAGGCCCAGCUCGCCCAGGCCGAGCAGCGGGCCCAGAGCCUCCAGGAUGCUGCACACCAGGAGCUUGACACCCUCAAGUUCCAGCUGAGUGCUGAAAUCAUGGACUACCAGAGCAGACUUAAGAAUGCUGGCGAAGAGUGCAGGAACCUCAGAGGCCAGCUUGAGGAGCAAGGCCGGCAGCUGCAGGCUGCCGAGGAAGCUGUGGGGAAGCUGAAGGCCACCCAAGCAGACAUGGGAGAGAAGCUGAGCUGCACCAGCAACCACCUUGCGGAGUGCCAGGCAGCCAUGCUGAGGAAGGACCAGGAGGGGGCUGCCCUGCGUGAAGACCUAGAAAGGACCCAGAAGGAACUCGAAAAAGCCUCAAUAAAAAUCCAAGAGUAUUACAACAAACUUUGCCAGGAGGUGACAGACCGCGAGAGGAAUGACCAGAAGAUGCUCGCUGACCUGGAUGACCUCAACAGAACCAAGAAGUAUCUCGAGGAGCGGCUGAUAGAGUUGCUCAGGGACAAGGAUGCUCUCUGGCAGAAGUCUGAUGCCCUAGAAUUCCAGCAGAAGCUCAGUGCCGAGGAGAGGUGGCUUGGGGACACGGAGGCAAACCACUGCCUCGACUGCAAGCGGGAGUUCAGCUGGAUGGUGCGGCGGCACCACUGUAGGAUAUGUGGCCGCAUCUUCUGUUACUACUGCUGCAACAACUACGUCCUAACCAAGCACGGUGGCAAGAAGGAGCGCUGCUGCCGAGCCUGUUUCCAGAAGCUCAGUGAAGGCCCUGGCUCCCCUGAUAGCACUGGCUCAGGCACUAGCCAGGGAGAGCCCAGCCCUGCACUAUCACCAGCCUCAGCUGGGCCCCAGGCCACAGGACACCAAGGAGCAAUCACAGACUACAGGCCACCAGACGAUGCUGUGUUUGAUAUCAUCACAGAUGAGGAAUUGUGCCAGAUACAGGAGUCCGGCUCCUCCUUGCCUGAGACACCCACUGAAACUGAUUCUCUUGACCCAAAUGUGGCUGAACAGGACACUACAUCAACCUCACUAACGCCUGAGGACACUGAAGACAUGCCCGUGGGGCAGGAUGCAGAAAUCUGCCUGCUGAAGUCUGGAGAACUAAUGAUCAAAGUACCCCUCACAGUGGAAGAGAUCGCCAGUUUCGGGGAGGGCAGCAGGGAGCUGUUCGUGAGAUCCAGCACCUACAGCCUGAUCCCCAUCACUGUGGCCGAGGCAGGCCUCACCAUCAGCUGGGUCUUCUCCUCUGACCCCAAGAGCAUCUCCUUUAGCGUGGUCUUCCAGGAGGCCAAGGACACACCACUGGAUGAAUGUAAGGUCCUCAUUCCUACGACCCGAUGCAACUCCCACAAGGAGAACAUCCAGGGCCAGCUCAAGGUUCGCAUGCCUGGUAUCUACAUGCUCAUCUUUGACAACACCUUCUCAAGGUUUGUCUCUAAAAAGGUAUUUUAUCACUUGACGGUUGAUCGGCCCGUGAUCUACGAUGGAAGUGAUUUCCUGUAGCUUCAGCACCUCAGUAGCUUCACUUCAUCCACAGGAAACACUACUCUUCCUCACCUGUCACAUAAAGCAUUUUUUUAAAAAGUCAGCUGCUCCAAACUCAUCAACUCUGCCCCUCUGGAAGAGAGGCCCCUGGGCUGCCCCUCAGAGGUGGCGUCUGGGGAGCACUUUGUGCUCAGCACGAUGCACCAGUCACUGUUAGCCCCAGAGGCUUUGAAAGGCUCAGGCAGUGUUUCCGUUAAGUAGUAGAUCUCUAUCCAGCUGUUCUCAUGCCCAAAGGGAUGCUCUACCAAAGGCUUAAAUACCCAGGAGACCAUCAGCCUCUCCUGGAAGCACAGUUGGCUCCAGGCCUCCUGUGGAGGGUUUCACAGGCAAAGGUGAUCCCAACUUCUGCUGAUGGGGAGACUUUCUGCCCUGCGCCACUAGGGCCCUGCAUCUUGGAGACCUGAGCUGGUUGCCCUGACCAUGCCCUGUGAGUCCGCAGGCUAUGAGGCCCUCAAGUACUCCUAGGAAAAGGAAACACAUGCCAUCAUGCAAGCCAGGGUGCCAGGGGACCCUCCUGAGAUCUGGACCAGCCUCCUCCAGUCACGGUCCUGUCCCUUAGUGCCCCAGUAAGCUGGGGGCUGCUCCAGAACUCAGCAGUGUUGAAAGGGCCUCUAAGCUGCACUCUCUUCCUGGCCCUUUUGUCUGGGUGACUCUGUCCUCAAGUAAAGCCCUUCACUCAGCCAGGCCUCUCCACAGCUCAAAACAUUGCCCUAAGAAUCAGAAGUAAGGAUAAUC